AUGCCUGGCCAAAAAAUCCUCUGCGUCGCAGAGAAGCCCGCAAUAGCAAAGGCAGUCGCUCAACAUCUGGCUGGCGGCCGGGUAACAACGCGCCCCGUCAACGGCAACCAGUAUGUCAAGAAUUACGAGUUUGACUUCCACUUCCAACAAUGGGGCAACUGCUCCGUCAUCAUGACCAGCGUGCUGGGCCACCUAACUGGCUUGGACUUUGACCCAAAGUAUAAAAGCUGGAAGUCGUGUCCUCCCAGUCAAUUGUUCGAAGCCGAAACAAAAAUUACCAUCGACAGAGACAAGCAGUCCAUUGCCGAAAACAUUCAACGCCAGGCCCGCUCCGCCAGAGUUCUCUUCAUUUGGACUGAUUGUGACCGUGAAGGCGAACACAUCGGCGGCGAAGUACGGGACCAGGCCAAGAAAGGGAACCCUGGCAUACUCGUGAAGCGAGCCAAGUUCAGCAAUACCGAAAGAGCUCAUGUUGUUCGUGCGGCUCAUUGUCCCAUUGAUAUGGACGAGCGUCAAGUUAGUGCGGUCGCAGCCAGGAUAGAGCUUGACCUGCGCAUAGGUGCCUCCUUCACGCGGCUGCAGAGUCUGGAACUCCAACGCCUCAGCGACAACCUUCGAGAUCAAACUAUUUCCUAUGGUUCCUGCCAAUUCCCCACCCUGGGUUUCGUGGUUGAUCGGUACAACCGGGUCAGGAACUUCAAGCCCGAGUCCUUCUGGCUGAUCAAGUUGGUCCAUGUGCGGAAUAGGAUCAAGGUGAACUUCAACUGGCGGAGGAUCCAUCUCUUCGAUCGAGCGGCUGUAACCAUCAUAUUUGAGGCCUGCCUUGACGCGAAAUAUGCCAAGGUCACCAAAGUCCAGAAGAAGCCGACUUCUAAAUGGAGACCGCUACCCCUGACCACAGUGGAAUUGCAAAUGCAAGGCAGCCGCUUUCUGCGCAUGACGAGUCAGCAAGUCAUGUCGGUCGCCGAGAAGCUCUACCAAAAAGGUUUCAUCAGCUAUCCCCGAACCGAGACCGAUCAAUUCCCGCGAGAGUUCGAUUUCAAUGCCAUAAUUCAACGACAAGUCCAGGACAACAGUUGGGGCCAAUAUGCUCAGCGACUGCUAGACGGCGAUUUCAGGACUCCGCGAUCUGGUCGUCACAACGACCAAGCGCAUCCGCCAAUCCAUCCGGUCAACUACGUUGCCAGUGAUGCUCUUGAUGCCCAAGAGAAGAAGGUGUACGAGUUUGUCACCAGGAGAUUUUUGGCGUGUUGUUCCGAAGAUGCCAAGGGAGAGGCUACCGAUAUUGAAAUCCUUUGGGGCUCGGAGACUUUUCACACCCAUGGUCUGCUUGUGCUGGAGAGGAAUUACCUUGACGUCUACGUUUAUGACAAAUGGGAAAGCAGCCAGCAGCUCCCUGAAUUCACUCUUGGCGAAACCUUUGAGCCUUCAGAAGCAAACAUGCUGGAAGGGAAGACUACGGCGCCCGGAUAUCUCACCGAGCCUGAACUGAUAGCUCUGAUGGAUGCAAAUGGGAUUGGGACAGACGCGACCAUGGCCGAACAUAUCGCCAAGAUCAAGGAUCGAUCGUACGUCGACACGAGACGAUCUGGAGGCGGUCGCAACUCAGUCCCGGAAUUCAUACCGACGACACUCGGAGUUGCGUUGAUUGAAGGAUACGACAAUGUCGGACUCGACGUCAGUGUCAGCAAACCAUUUCUCCGCAAAGAGAUGGAGCUAAAGAUGAAGGCUAUCUGCGAGGGCCGGAAAAGUCGGAAUGAAGUUGUCCAAGAAAGCUUGGAGCAGUACCGUGAGGUGUUUGUCAAGACUCAACGUGAGAUCCAAGUUUUGAAGGACGCGGUGACGAGAUACGUCGUCAACGGAGGGGUGGAGUGA